AUGAUAGUUGAAGUUUUUACGAGAAACCCUUUAAUUUUCCCCGUAAAUCACCUCUCCCACGUUCCAACAAUUCUUGCACCGCAGACUUUUGACGAGGAUGUAAAGGGUAGGCAUAAGUCGAAGCUGUCGAACCCCUUUGCUGUCGAUCAUGAUGAUCAAGCAAUACCGAAAGGUGGAUACAAAUUAAAAUCCCGGGUGUUAGAGAACCCAACUGGCCAUGAUAUUGAGGAGUUCUAUGAGUUGGGGCGUGAGCUCGGUCGGGGUGAAUUUGGUGUCACAUAUUUAUGUACUGAUAAAUCGAGUCGUGACGUUUUUGCUUGUAAAUCUAUAUCAAAAAAUAAGCUAAGGACUAGAGUGGAUAUCGACGAUGUGAAGAGAGAGGUCGAGAUCAUGAAGCGUUUACCUAACCAUCCCAAUAUCGUGAGCUUGAGGGAUACUUAUGAGGAUAAUAAUGGAGUCCACUUAGUUAUGGAGUUGUGUGAGGGUGGUGAAUUAUUUGAUCGCAUUGUUGCUCGGGGACAUUAUACCGAGAGGGCUGCUGCAGCUGUUACUCGCACAAUUGUUGAAGUUAUCCAGAUAUGCCACGAGAAUGGGGUCAUGCAUCGGGAUCUUAAGCCUGAAAACUUCUUGUUUUCAAAUAGGAAGGAAACAUCUCCACUAAAGGCUAUUGAUUUUGGGCUCUCAGUGUUCUUCAAGCCCGGCGAGAAAUUCAAUGAAAUUGUAGGAAGUCCUUAUUAUAUGGCCCCAGAGGUGCUGAAAAGAAACUAUGGUCCAGGAGUUGACGUUUGGAGUGCUGGCAUAAUUCUCUACAUCUUAUUGUGCGGUAUUCCACCAUUUUGGGCAGAAACUGAGCAAGAAAUUGCUGAAGCAAUUAUUCGGUCUGUUGUGGACUUUAAAAGGGACCCUUGGCCUAAAGUUUCUGAUAAAGCAAAGGACCUCGUGAAGAAGAUGCUAAACCCUGACCCGAAGCAGCGGCCUACAGCACAGGAAGUUCUUGAUCAUCCAUGGUUACAAAAUGCGAAGAGUGCUCCAAAUGUUUCCCUUGGCGAAAGUGUGAGAGCAAGGCUCAAGCAAUUUUCAAUGAUGAAUAAGCUGAAGAAAAGAGCUUUAAGGGUGAUGGCAGAGCAUUUGUCAGUGGAGGAAGUAGCAGGCAUAAAGGAAGGAUUCCAAAUGAUGGACACGGGAAACAAGGGAAAGAUUGACAUUAAUGAGUUGAGAACUGGGUUGUACAAACUUGGUCAUCAGAUCCCUGAUGCAGAUCUUCAGGUUCUUAUGGAAGCGGGUGAUUUGAACAAGGAUGGAUAUCUUGACUGUGGAGAGUUCGUUGCAGUUUCCGUACACUUAAGGAAGAUGAAUAAUGAGGACCAUCUGUUCAAAGCCUUUGAGUUCUUCGAUAGAAACCAAAGUGGAUACAUAGAGAUCGAAGAGCUCAGGGAUGCUUUCGCUGACGAGGCUGAGAUUACCAGUGAAGAAGUUAUCAAUGCCAUUAUUCAAGACGUAGACAUAGAUAAGGAUGGGCGCAUAAGUUAUGAGGAGUUUGCAACAAUGAUGAAAGCUGGCACAGAUUGGAGAAAGGCAUCAAGACAGUAUUCACGAGAACGAUAUAAUAGUCUCAGCCUGAAAUUGAUGAAGGAUGCAUCAUUACACAUGGAAACUUGA